AUGCCUCACGCAGAAAGCGACAUGUCCAGCCCCGUCACUAACGGUGACAAGCCUCACUCACAAUUCUUCUCACACCUGAAGUCCUAUCCUGUCGUCAAUGAUGGCGUCGAGACAUUCAUGAACAACCCCUACGGAGCCAAGUCGCUCGACAUUGCCGACGCUGCUUACACCAAGCUCGGAAAGCCCGUCAUGCCUUACCUCAGAACUCCUUACUCAUAUGCCGCACCCUACGUGGCCAAGGCCGACAGUCUGGCCGACAAGGGACUGGAACAAGUCGACACCCGCUUCCCCAUCGUCAGGGAAGACACCGUCACCAUCAAGGACACGGUGGUGAACUAUGCUUUCCUCCCCUUCAGAGUCGCCGAUGAGGGCCGCACGUACUUCUUGAACACCUGGGAGGACCAGUACAACAAGACUGCAGCUCGCAACAACCGCGGCAACAGCUUGAGCACCAGCUUCCUGGCCAUCAUCUCUACCCAACUCAAGAUCGCUGCUGACAGUGUCAACCUUGUUGCCGAUUGGUUCGGUCCGAAGACUGAGGAGGCCAAGCAGAGAAGCGACUCCCUGUUCAGUAGUCUGUACAACAAGGCCGCAUCUUACGGAGAGCAGGCCAAGAAGAAGGCCAGCGACGCCAACGACAAGGCCGAGACGUAUGCCGAAAAGGCCCAGGAAAAGUCAGAAUACUGA